UGGAGGAAAGAUGGCUGAAUUCCACUAUUUCGUUGCUUUAAACGGCUGAUUUUCGCCUAUAUUUUGCUUCAAAAAGUCACCUAGAAUGGCUGGGACUGCUGCUCCUUCAGGGUCCAACGGCUCUGGCUCGUCAUAUUCAAACCACACACUCGAAAAAGUGGCAAAAACCAAGGCUACUUUGGAAACAUACUACAGUAGUCUGGUGACACAGCACUACGAGCGUAGAAACAGAUUACGAAUGCUUGAGCAGACUAUGGAACAACAGGGUCUAACCAAGCAAGCAAAAGAGGAAAGACGGAACCUUCAUGCACAAAAAGAAACAGAAUUUUUACGACUAAAAAGAUCAAGAAUUGGGAAGGAAGAUUUUGAUUCACUAAAGAUUAUUGGUAGAGGAGCYUUUGGAGAAGUUCGACUUGUCCAGAAACAGGACACCGGACAUGUCUAUGCAAUGAAAAUCUUACGAAAAGCUGACAUGCUUGAGAAAGAGCAGGUMGCGCAUGCUAGGGCAGAGAGAGACAUUCUUGCUGAGGCAGAAAACCAGUGGGUUGUCAAAAUGUAUUAUUCUUUCCAAGACAGUCAGUUACUUUACCUGGUAAUGGAGUUCCUUCCUGGAGGUGAUUUAAUGACACUCCUCAUGAAGAGAGACACGUUCACUGAGGAUGAAACCAGGUUUUAUAUUUCUGAGACACUACAAGCAAUUGAUUCCAUUCAUCAACUUGGCUUUAUACAUAGGGAUAUCAAGCCUGAUAAUUUACUGCUGGAUAGUAGAGGGCACAUUAAGCUUGCUGAUUUUGGUUUGUGUACUGGCUUAAAAAAGGCACACAGAACAGAGUUCUACAGAGAAAUUUGUCCUUCAGACAUCAAAGAUUUUGCAAAUGCAGAUCCUUUAGACUCAAAAAGAAGAGCAGCCACUUGGAAGAAAAAUAGACGACAGCUGGCUUAUUCAACAGUUGGUACACCAGACUACAUUGCACCUGAGGUUUUCCUACAAGCAGGGUAUACUAAGAGUUGUGAUUUCUGGUCACUGGGUGUAAUAAUGUAUGAAAUGUUAAUAGGAUAUCCACCGUUUUGUUCUGAAAGUCCUCAAGAAACAUAUAAAAAGGUUAUGAAUUGGAGGGAGACGCUUGUGUUCCCACCAGAGAUGCCCAUCUCCAAGAAUGCGCAGGACUGCAUUCAACGGCUUUGUUGUGAUGAGGAUCAUAGACUCAGUACAGUUGAGGAAAUAAAAGCACAUCCUUUCUUUAAAGGGGUAGAUUGGAUACAUUUGAGGGACAGGCCUGCAGCAAUUGCCAUGCAGGUGAAAUCCAUAGACGACACUUCAAAUUUUGAUGAAUUUCAAGAGUCUGAAUUUGAUUCAUAUUGGUUUAGUAACUCCAAAGAAAAGGACACAUCAGUAAUGGCAAACAACAAAGACUGGGUUUUCCUCAAUUAUACAUUUAAACGAUUUGAAGGAUUGACUCAAAGAGGGCAUAAAUUAGCUCCUUUGUAAUAAUCUUUAAUAGUCAUUAAUAAUUUUUAAAUAAUUUAYAUUUAUACAUCAUAGCCAAUAUUUGGCUAUCACAUAUUUCAUGGGAUUUUGUAAUUUCUCCUGAAUUUCAUCUGUUGUAAAAUACUGUUUCAUCAAAGACUAAUGAUAAGGGAAGAGUGAGUUUAAGCCAGUCUUCUCCCUUCUCCCUUGGCACAGGAAUCCUGAUGUAAAACUKCWCAACAUCAGUAAAAUGGUUUUGAAUCUAAAUACUUCAAAAGCUAAAGAAUAACAGAAAAAGCAUGUUUUUUCUAAAUAAAAAUUUACUACAUUUUGUAAGAACACACAGCCAAUGUUGUCAUGGUUUCCCAAGMUGUAAUUAUAAAUAAUUAUUUACCAAGUUUGUUUGUUGCUAAAAGUAAUUUGUUUAAAGAAAAUUUAGUUUUUUAACUCCUAGAAAUGUAUUCUGGCUCUGKAUUGUAUAAUUGUUUUUUGACUUUUUCCUUUCCUGUUUGACAAAUUGCAUGUCUUGCAGUGAAAUAGAGUGGUUUUCAGUUGACUGUUAAGGACGAUGAGAUGUAGCUGUCAAAAAUAAGCUAUAAUAUUUCAGUGUCAACAGCAGAGAGCUGCCUAUUUGAGGGAGACAAAGGAAGCCGAACUAUUUGGAGCAACUGUGAAUGGAAUACUUUAUACACAGGAGUAAGUCUUGUCCAUGCAAGACAGGCUAUGGUGCUUGUUGCUGAAAUUCACAGUGAAAACCACUAGUAAACAUAUGAGACUAUCAAGGAUAUUUCGGUUUAAUUUUGAUAUUAAGGCUGUUGUUGAUAAAAAGAUAAAUUUUGUACAUUUUUACGGUGAAKUAUUGUAUGUAUUAUUUUAUUUAGGGUAAUAAUAUUAACUAAUUCAGUAAUAAACGUUGUAAACUAACA